UUGUGCGCAUGCGCCCUCAUCUGUUUAUGCCAUGUGCUUCAUUUCCAGAGGUUUCUACGCAGUGUCCAGUUAACGUUGUCCUUAAGAGUAAAGAUCGCAAUUAAAAUGGCAGCAGCAUUCAAGAAGUUUUUGCCCAUGUUUGAUCGGGUCCUGGUUGAGAGAUUUGCUGCAGAGUUGAAAACAAAAGGUGGAAUCAUGAUCCCCGACAAAUCAGCAGGGAAGGUGUUGGAGGCCACCGUGGUGGCUGUGGGGCCUGGCAACAGAGACAAGUCUGGAAAUGUGGUACCAACCAGUGUGAAGAGUGGAGACCGAGUUCUGCUGCCCGAGUAUGGUGGCACCAAGGUUGUGUUAGAGGACAAGGAUUACUUUUUAUUCAGAGACAGUGAUAUAUUGGGAAAGUUUGAGUGACGCGG